AUGGAUAAUGCAGUUUCCAAUUGCUGCGCUUGGAGGACGCCUUUUUACGCCGCGAGUGCGGAUGACGCCGGUGCAUUUGCUGGGGAUGCAGCAAUUGGGGCGUCGUCGGUCGCAAGUUCGUGCAGAAAGCGACCACGCAUGGAGAUGAGUACAUUUGCUUAUUGGAUGCAGAAUAUUCGUCACACUGUAGAGUCGCUUGUUUCAAAAGAGAGUGGGGACGAGGAGUUUUCUUGGAAGCGCGUUGUAUUAGAGACAUGUCGUGUGCUGCGCGGCUGUUGGUUAUUUCACGGGCGUCCACAAGACACGUUUGAACCCGCACAUUCUUUGAGCCAAGUGGCGCAGCAUCUACUCAUCGCAUACGGCGGUUAUGGCUUGACAGAUGACAGACAAUUUAUCUUUCUUCAAGGAGAGCAACAGAUGCCUUACGUUGGUUUCCUUCUCGUUGCGCUGCAGCAACUGCUAGCGGAGCAUGGUGACAGCCAAUGGGAUUUGCAACCGGCGGCGGUCUGGCCCCGCAGCUCGCCACGGCCUUUUAAGGACUGUGAUAUGCGUCUCGUUAUGGUGGGACGCGGUGACUUUGACCGGUCAAAUGGCCGUGUUGAUGUUGAAGGCACGGCUGAUGGUGAUUUCAGUGCGAGCGGAUUUCUGUGUGGCGAUUAUGAACUUAUGUCGACGCAGGCGGUGCUGCAUGAGGCGAUGGGAGCCUCGAACGAUAUCAGCGUGGUUCUUCUUGCGAACCGCCUCUUGACGGAGGAUGGUUCCUUUUCACUUGUCAGGGAUCUUCACGCCAAGUGCUUUUCAGCUGUGUACGAUGGUGAUGGUUUGAUGUGUCUAGUGUCUGGCGCAGAUGUGGGGACGGUGGCGGCGGCAGCAGCGGCAGGAAACCCAGAUCUUGAGUCUUUCCUCAGCCAUGCCGCGAGCUGCGGCUGUUUCAGGACGCGCAGCGUGUAUGCUCACGCUCUUCUUCUUGGCCCUACGGGACCGCUUUUUAUUCACCUGAGGCAAAACGGCCAUCAUCAUAAUCAGAGUGGCAAAAAUGCUACAGGUCCCUUCAGUGGCCUGAACGACGAGUUGGAUGAGGCACAGUUGUGUGAGUGGCUUCAGUGUUUUUUGUGGGUACCGCAGCCGACCAUCAUUGUUCUGUGGGACGACAGUGACAAGCUUACGAAAACUGGCGCCCUGGUUUCGCGUCUAGUGGGUUUGAGUGAUGGUGGCUCCUCCUUGUGGAGUGGGUAUCGCCGAUUCCCGCUUGAAGCUGAUAAUAAUAACAAUGAUGCUUGCAACAGCAGUUCCUGCGGCAACCCGCCGACGGUGUAUGUGCGGGACGCGACACUAACACUGGAGCGGGCCAAGAGUUUGCGUGUGGAUGCUGGAGUGUGCCAAGUAUGGCACGUGCACAUGUCUCCGCAUUGCUGA